UUGUUAUUAUCGUCGAUGGGGUAGGCUAGCUGGCGGAGUUACGGAGGUGCGGUGUGCGGUGCGUAAUGUUUGGAUGUUCGUAAGAUUAGAAAGACUUCUAUCGGGCUAAGAUAUUCGGCCGUUGAGUUAACUUGCAAACAAAUAAUCCUGUAUUCACGGUAUAAGAGAAACGGUCUCUUAUAUAAAACUGCUAGGUCCACGGAGGCUCAGCUGUCUUGUUCAGUAGUGUCGAGUGCGCGUUAUUCUGUAUAUUGGAGCUGGAAUUACCAGUGCGUUUUUAUUGUUGUUAUCGUUGACAUUGUCGAUAGUGGUGGUGAUGGUAGUAGUGAUAAUAUUAAAAAGAACGAGAGAGAGUGAGAGAGAAAGGAACAGUUGGAAAGGAACUGAGUUUGGAAGAAAAAGAAGAAGAAGAAACACGGCGAACGCUUGUUGGUAAGAAGUGUUAAACGUUGCGACGGAGAGGAGAUUAUUAAGAAAAGCCAAUUUAGUGGUUUGUGAAGACUGGAGAAUUGUGGAUGUGAAAAGGAGCGUCGCCGGUGGCGGAAAAAGUUGGAAGAGGCUGGCGGAGAAGGUGGACGAAGACGAGGAAGAGGAGGAGGAGGCGGCGGUGGUUGGAGUUUCAGUGUUGGAGACCGAGGAAAAAAAGGUGAAGAAAAAGAACAAAAGGAAAAGGAGAAAGACGUGGGACAGUGGAGGAGGUGGUGUUGGUGGUGACGACUGUGGUGAUUGUUUUAAGGGUUCAUAUCGGAAGCGCGCUCGUAGUAUCGCGUGUGUCGAUUCGUACCAGAAUUAAAACUGGCGGGCAAUCUGGCUCGAUCUCCGGUGCCGGUGGGUGCUGGGGGAGGUGGUGUUGGUGGUGGUAGUAGUAGUGGUAGUAGUGGAAGAAGUGCUGAAAGAGCAGAAGAGGAAGGAGGAAGUGGCGGAGGUUCUGGGGGUGGAGCCGGCGGAGGUUUCAUUGGACGAGGUGGAACCGGAACUGGAAAUAUCAUCCCUGGAGAAGGAUCAACAGCAGAAAACACUUCCGGAAAUGGAAUUCAGGCAAAUGCGAGUCAAGCGAGCGGAGGUAAUGCCAACAGCGGAGGAACUAUGGCAAUUGGAAAUGCUUCCUCGGCUCCAUCCACGGGACAUUCAACGGGUCCAUCAACGACUAAUGUUCCCGCGGGAAAUCCUACGGGUCAAUCAGAGACGGCUAAUACUACCACGACUACUCCGUCAGGAACUGCUGGAGCAGUCGAUCAAGCUGCAUCUAGCGGACGAAUUUUGGACUGGGAGGAUGUUGAUCGUUUCUCCUUCGAAGAUUCCGAUCAUUUCGAAGGAGAUUCCAUUUGUAGUUGGAGCAGUGAGCCCGAAUCACUUUGUAACAAUUGGCGAGGAUGGCGCCGACCAACAGCUGGAUUUACUACCAUUAAAAAGUCAUCAGAAGAUGAUCCACCAGUGCCGACGUUGUGUGAACUCGCGGCACGAUGCGUCGCUUCACAUAUACCCUUCGAGUUGGUCGAACACGUUUAUCCACCGGUGCCGGAACAAUUGCAGUUGAGGAUAGCUUUCUGGAGUUUUCCCGAUAACGAGGAAGACAUAAGACUCUAUUCUUGCCUUGCAAAUGGCAGCGCUACCGAAUUUCAACUUGGCGAACAAUUCUAUCGUACGAGAAAUGUCAAGAAUCCCUUGCAAAUAGGUUUCCACCUAAGCGCCAGCGUGAAUCCGUCAUUGGUACCUUCAUCUGUUUUUAAUGUAGCAGUAACUUUUGAUCGGCGAAAAAUCACAUCGUGCAACUGUACUUGUUCCUCCAAGGCUUAUUGGUGUUCACACGUAGUUGCUGUUUGUCUUCAUAGAAUACACAUGCCGACACAAGUCUGCCUAAGAGCACCAGUUAGCGAAUCCCUGUCGCGAUUACAUCGAGAUCAAUUGCAAAAAUUUGCUCAAUAUCUUAUCAGCGAAUUACCACAGCAAAUUCUACCCACUGCACAAUCACUCUUGGACGAACUAUUGUCGGCCCAACCAAAUGCCAUCAAUAGCUAUUGUGGUGCUCCUGACCCUACAGCAGGUGCUUCGGCACACGAUCAAACAUCUUGGUAUUUGGAUGAGAAAACGUUGCAUAAUAACAUUAAGAAAAUUCUUAUCAAGUUUUGUGUACCAGCGCCUAUUGUGUUCAGCGAUGUAAACUAUUUGAGCACCACCGCACCUCCAGCUGCUGCCGAGUGGUCAUCGCUUCUAAGACCAUUGAGAGGUCGAGAACCAGAGGGAAUGUGGAAUCUGCUCUCAAUCGUUCGUGAAAUGUUCAAGAGAACAGAUCGUAACGCAAUUCCGCUUUUAGAGAUUAUCACGGAAGAAUGCAUGGCCUGCGAACAAAUAAUUGUCUGGUGGUUUAACACCAAAGUAGCUUUGUUGAAUGGUACAGGACAUGGUGGUGGUAAACACGGUAAUAUGAAUAGCAAUGUUCACGCAUCUCAACAUGCAUGUUCAUCGCUUUGUGAUGAAAUUGUUGUGUUAUGGAGAUUGGCUGCUCUAAAUCCUGGAUUGUCACCAGCCGAACGAGAAAUGCUUCAUGAACAAUUUCUGGCAUGGCAUAUGAAAAUUAUUGACAAGGUCACAAAAAGUCGUGGUACAUCUGUAUCUCAUAAUUCGCAUAAUAGAAAUAAUAGUAUUAGUUAUAAGGAUUCAUUGAAAAACGACUUGACUGUCUUUGUCGGCUUCAAAACAGCUCUUGAAGCGUGUUAUUUAGAUUGGGAAGAAUAUACUCUGCCAGGGAUAACGUACACAGCUGAAAGCAAUCCCAUGUAUCAUUGCCCAUUUACGUGUUUUAGACAUGUUGGCGAUAGCAGUAAUGAAGUAAAUCAGGUGAAUUCGAGUUCAGCGGUAUUAAAUUGUCAGCCACCUAUUUCUCAUCAUCACAGCAGACGACCUCUAUCAUUAGGUCUCGUAGAAUUUAGUUAUACGGAUAGACGAAGAUUGAAUCCGCGAGAAUUUCCAGGCUUGUGUUCAAGAGGUAGCGGUGGAGAUGGAAAUCGAAGCAGCGUUAGUUCAGAAGGUUUUUGCGAAAAUGAUACCGAUAUGGCCGACAUUUCAGAACCUCGGCUAUUACGGAGACGUGGAUGUACUAGGUUAAAUAAUUGCGGAGAUACAGAUUCACAGGAGGGUGGAGGUAGUGAGUCAUCAUCAAACAGUAACGUCAGUUUAAAAAAUGUUGAAGGCACGAAUAAACAUUGUUCUAAUAUCUCAUCGGAAAGUCAGAGUGAUAGCAGUGAAAGUAGUAACAAUAAGGCUACUAACGAAGUGAAGUGUAACAGGACGAAUUUUGUCGACUAUCGUGACAAUUCGCGAACAGUAUCAACUAAAACAACAAGAACUAAGACUGAGCAAGAAUCUGAACAAGAAAAUGAUGCCUCCAGGAGACAAUCAAAAGAUGAAAGCUCAUCCUCUAGCAGCGAUAGUCCUUCUGGUGAUGAAUAUAACGUGUACUAUUAUGAUUCGAAGGCAACACUUAAUAAUACAGGAACUGAUUCGAAAACAGAAUCACCUUUGACCGUUGUACCCAGCGCCAAUACGUUACUGGGUAAUCUUAAAAAAAUAGAAGAUCCCUGGGGAAUAUUUCUUGCUAGAGCAGAGGGUCUUUAUGCUCAUGGACAUACAAGAGAGGCUUGUAUACUUGGUGUUAAAUUAGCUGAAGAAUUACUAGCCAAUCCUCCAGAUUUAAUGAUCGAAGAACCUCCUCUGCCAACCAAGGGAAAAAAGAAAAAAUUUCAGCAACAAGUUAAUCCAGCAUCACAUCAACUAACGUGCCUUGCCUCUGCCACUUUGGCUAAAUGUUGCUUCUUGUGCACGGUACUCGCUGAAAAUCCCGAAAAUCACAAUCUUGCAUUCAGAGUAGGUCUCUAUGGCUUGGAAAUGGCAAGACCACCAGCGAACACGAAACCUUUAGAAGUCAAACUAGUACAUCAGGAAAGCGAGCUCGUAAGUUUGUUAAAAAAAAUACCCUUAGGUCCAGCAGAACUGAAUAUGGUGAGACAGAGAGCAGCGCAUUUGCGAGAUGGAGUAUUACGAUCAAGAGGACACGCAUUGCUACCAAUUAUUUUAGCAAGCUUUAUAUUUGACACUUUAAAUACACCGAGAGGUCCAGAAAUUAGCAAAGAAACUGACGAAGCACUCGGUUUCGAUGCAGCAGUUGCUGCUUUAGGACUCAAAGCGAACGUGAGUGAAGCAGAUCAUCCACUUCUUUGCGAAGGAACGAGACGUCAAAGGGGUGAUUUAGCGAUUACUCUUCUUGUACAUUACAAGGAUGCACCAGCUAAAGUAGCAAGAAUAAUGAACAAACUUUUGGAUCGUGAUGUUCAUCAAUUAAUUAAGUCUCCUAUUCUUAGUAGUUACUAUACUGCUAAUCUUAUUACCAAGCCCGAGAUGACAAAUCAUUUACGAGAAGAUGAAUGUUUGUCGCCUUUAACAGGCACAGACGUUGGAAACAGUGACAACGCUAUUGGCAAUGGAAGUAGACCACACAGCAGUACUAGUGCAGAAUUAGAAAGUAGUAUGAAUGCAUUAACUCUUCAACCACCAAUGGUGCAGACUGUACCUACCAGAAAUAAAGAAACCAGGUACAAGAGUAAGCGAAUAUGUCCAUCAAUUCCUAAUCAACCAUCAGAAGCUGGUGCCCAUUUUAUGUGUGAAUUGGCUAAAACUGUGUUAGCUAAAGCAGGUGGUAGUAGUUCCACUUCAUUGUUCACUCAAGUAUCAACGAAUCAAAAUCAUCACGUACCGCAUAGAGCUUUACAUAUGUGCGCCUUCCAACUGGGCUUAUACGCUCUUGGUCUUCAUAAUUGUGUCAGUCAUAAUUGGUUGAGUCGUACUUAUUCUACUCAUGUUUCUUGGAUCACUGGACAAGCUGUGGAAAUUGGUGCGCCGGCUAUAUGGUUCCUUAUCGAAAGUUGGGAAGGUCAUUUAACUCCUCCAGAAGCUGCCAGUAUUGCUGAUAAGUCUUCCAGAGGAAGUGACCCAAAUAUGGUCAGAGCGGCCGCAGAAUUGGCACUUUCUUGCCUACCACAUGCACAUGCUCUUAAUCCAAAUGAAGUACAGAGGGCUAUUUUACAGUGUAAGGAACAAAGUGAUGUCAUGUUGGAAAAAGCAUGCAUCACUGUAGAAAACACGGCUAAAGGUGGCGGUGUUUAUCCAGAAGUACUUUUUCAAGUUGCCAAAUAUUGGUACGAGUUGUACCUCCGUCACACACCUGGAGGAGAACAACAAGAUGAGAUGCCACACGAUUCUUUACAGUUAGAUCUUAACAGUGCCCUUUUAGUAGAACCUGGUCCUACUGUAGAUUUAUCUGCAGGUCAAAUGAUACCAGGUCCAACACAGGCUGUCGUUGUAACUAGUACACAACCACCUCCUCAGCCAUAUCCUGCACAUCCCACUAUAACGACUCUGGCACCUUUGGGUACAGUACAACAGUAUUACAAUCACGAAGCACAAAUAAUACAACAACCAGGAGUUGGCAUGCCAUAUGCGGUAGCCCCCUACAGUUUCGUACAUCCGCAUCAUUCGAUUCCAACGUUUGGUGGACCGAUGCCUACACAUAGAGUAACUCUACCUCCUGCACCACCACACAUGCAAAUGUAUCACACAGCCUUUCCACCUCAUCCUAGAUGCCCGCAGCAUCCUCAACAUCCGCAACAUCCGCAACAUCCACAACAUCCGCAUCAUCCACCGCCAACUGCACAGCCACCUCCAGUGCCGCAAUACUACGCACCGCAACCUCCGCCUCCGCCAGGAACGCAUCAUUUGUUCACCAUGCAACAAACCAUGCCAGUUAACGUUCAAGCGGGAGUAACUCAUGGUCCUAUUCCUGGACAAAAUGGUUUGCCUGGACCAGCAUUAGUACAGGCUCAACCAAUCAUCUCGACUGUAAGACCGCAACCACAGGUUCAUAACCAGAACCAACGAUUUAGGCAUCAACAAUUUAGAGCAUUAGUUGCGGCAUAUCGCGUAGGUAUGCUAGCCUUGGAAACAUUAGCUCGUAGAGUACACGACGACAGACCCCAGGCUAAAUAUGCACGAAAUCCACCAUAUGGAGAAGAUGUUAAAUGGUUGUUUAGAGUUUCAAAACGUCUGGGUUCUCAAUAUCUUCAGCAAUUAUGUGUUUGCACGGUGAACAGUAUCUUAAGUCCAUUUGUUCUUCACGAAGUGGCACUCGAAGCAGCCCAUUAUCUCUCCAGAAAUAAUCCAGCACUGGUUUUACAACACUUGAGAUCGGCUCCUCUAGCACCGCUCGUACACAAAUGUCAACAAAUGUACAUUCAGUGCAUACAUCAGAAACUAUAUCAUUUGGCACUUAAUGAUUACGAGGACUUUGCCAGCUUAGUUUGUGCGGCAAGAGCAGCAUUCCAUAUAACUCCGGAAGGGCACACGCAAUUCAAGGAAUGGCUUCAAUCUAUCAAAAAAUCUAAGUCGUGCAACAAAGAACUAUGGGCGCAAAUCAAUGCGGCGCUACAGCAAAAUGGCAAAUGACACAGAGCGGAACCAGGUACAUCUAGAGGGACAUCGAUACCACCUCCACCCCAUCCAACAUCAGCACCAGGUCCUGUAACGAUUAAUGCCGUAGCAUCAACACCUGCACCAGUACCAGCACCGGUACCAGUACCGGCACAAAUACCGGCACCGGCACCAGUACCUGUUACGGCUACAGUAGUUCCAUCCAUAUCACCAAUUACGACUACAACAACAACGGCCAUAGCAAUAACGACUACGCAUAGCACGUCAAGCUUAGUUGUGCAGCAUCAACCUUCUUCUUCCUCUCAUCAAGAACGUCGAACGCGUCCACGCAUUGGAGGACACCCUCAACCAGCUAGAAUUGGACAGGAUUUUCAUAAUGUCUGUCUACGUUCUCCGUCAUGGAAACAUCGCGUAAGUGGCAACGAUAACAAAGGCAACAACAUCGGAUGCCGUAUGAGUUUUCCGUGUGGUUCGCACGACGGAAAUCGUUUUAGGAUUCUCGCUCAUGGAAGAUUCAUCUCGGAUAUAUUAACACCCGUACAAUCCAAUUUGAUCAAUCCACGAUGUCCAUGAUAACAUAAGGCAAAAUUGCUUACGUUAAAUGUUAAAAGAAAUAUAAUGAAGAACGAAAUAAUGAUAUAAAAAAAAA